AUGACCCGACAUAUUCGUCACAUUGUUUACGAUGUCAGCAAGAUUGUGCGCAGCAGCGUUGCAUCGGAAAUAGUGCCCCGCCCAGCUGCCGGAUUCUAUGCAGCAUGGAAAGCGCUUCGUAUAUGUCUAGCUCUGUUGCUUAUACAGGGACAUAAUGUCUUCAGCGCCUGCAGAGGCAGCACGAAGGCCCAUUUCGUAUCCGGGACAGGUUUUUCGAGGCUGGGACAACACCGGCACGGCCGGCUGCUUGUCAGCAGCUCGGGAGUGGCAAAUGUAUCAGAUGGCUCCCUCUUUGUGGCCGCCUUGCGGGAUCCAGCUGUCAAACGUAUCGUUCUCACAUCUCCACUGGUCGAUGUCCCGCCUGAUACCUGGGAGGCGGUCGGCGGCAACCUGCCCAUCCCCAUUACCCGCAAUUUGACGUUGGAAGGAGACGAGGCGGACUGGCCGCUCCUGCGCCUUCAUUACGUUAGGGACGUGGUUCGGCUCAUGGACACGGUCAUCUGGGCUAUCCGCUUCCUGUUCCUGGACGGUGCAAACGGCGACAACAACUAUCGCGAACAGGGCAAGUUAGCUGACUUUACUCGCCUGGUGGUGUACACAUGCAUGCAUACAGCCCGGAAAGCCACAGUGGAGCAGCUAUUUCAAGUGCUGUUCAUGUUGUUCGCUUCGGCUGCGGUUGAUCCAGGACAGAGGCGACGGCCCCAUCAGUUUAUUGCACGUUCAGCCAUGCAUGGCAAACUGAUUGACCGGUGUUGCGCAGGCUUUUCCUUCCUGGCUCCCACGUUGCCAAACCAAGAGUCAGAAAUGCAGUUCGGGCCAGCAGCCAUGUCAAUGAGGUUCGGCUUCCCAUCCAAAUUGAAGCUGCAAACCGUUAAGGCAGUCGAGAGGCCGGCGAAAUACCCGAAUGCCAAACAGCUGGUCCUGCUGAAUUACCACUAUCCGGAGGUUGACUGCCGCAACGGGUCCUCCGUGCCGCCACUGCAACGGUGUUGGCCAGAUGGUGGCUUCGUAGUGGAGAUGGCUGGUAACGGCAACCGCAUUGACCCGUCCUCAGACCAGCCCGUCCCCACCAACACCAUAUUCCUUCUUCAAAAUGUCACCGUCCGGUCUGAACAUCCCGUGAACAUUACGUGCCUCACAAAGCAGCAGGCCGCGCCCCUAGUCUGCUAUCAGGAAACUAAGCGCCAGUUUGAGAAUGUUACGACGUCUUUCUUAGACGAUUACCGACCAGAUCCGCUGCUUCGGGCCCUUGAUGGUAAUGCCUCUUCACCGCAAGUGAAGCAGACGCAGCGGCAGGACAGCGCACCGCCGGCGGCAAGUGGCGCGGAGGAAGACCAGGCCCCCAGCCGUGCAGUGGUAGUAGGGGCUGUAGUGGCAGGGACCGUGGUUACCGUGUCCCUAGUCGCGUUGAUGGUGGCUGCUGCAGCGCGCUCGAAGCGGCUGCAGGAAUACUGCAAAGAUGUUGGCGGCAGUCGCGCGAUCAUGAACAUUCUUUCUUUUUUGACGAACAACUUCGGUCGCAGCUGCCUGCAGUUGAGAAGUUGCCCAGGCCCAGCCUCUCAGCUGAACAUUACUGGUACUGCUUAUGAGGACGGGAGCGGCGGACGCGGGGCCUCACCUGCGACCCCCCGUAACCACCUUCCCAAGUCAGGCGAGUCCGCCAAAGUUGCAGCGGAACCAGGGGAAGUGCAGCCUGGCGAGCAGGAGGAGGUGGUGGGCACCAGGCCGACCGUGGUGACGCAUCUGGAACAGGCUGCUGUGGUCAUUACCCUAGACACGCGGCCGCAACCCAACCUGGAGCUGCGUGUGCGGUUAGUGGACCCCGGCGCUGAUGCUGAGGCUGGCAACAGCAGCAACAGUCCCACAGCAGGUGCCGUCACGGGUGUCGUACCCCUGCACUCGAAGGAGGAGGAGGUCAGCGGCAGUGGCAGCGGCAGUGCUGGUGGUGCACCUCCCUGUACUGGUAGCAGUGUGGUGGAGCUGUCUUCGGUGGUACGCGGCAAGGGCACCUUUGGUCGAGUGGUGGAAGGUACUUACCGGGGGCAGCAAGUGGCUGUGAAGCUUCUGGCCAGCGACGGGCCCUGGGGGUGCUCCGUCGAGGCCUUUGCCUCCAGCUUUGCGCAGGAAGUGCAGGUGCUGAGCCGCUGUUAUCACCCAAAUGUUGUGCGAUUGCUGGCGGCCUGUGUGGAGUCGCCGCGGCUAUGUUUGGUUCUGGAGCUUAUGGAGACUUCUCUGGAUUGCCUUAUGUACGGAGACCCGACAGCCCCACCGAUGCCGCUGCCUAAGGUGCUUCAUAUCGCCAUAUCCAUUGCCAACGCGCUGGCCUACCUGCACCCCACCAUCACUCACCGGGACCUCAAGCCUGCCAACGUGCUGCUCAACGACCCCCACAGCGACCGGCCCACAGUUAAGCUUGCGGACUUUGGGCUGUCUCGGCUUCGUGUGACGGUGGCUCCAACGGAGCAUCCGAAUGCGGGCACGCCCGCAUACAUGGCACCGGAGUGCUUCGACUUGCAAAACCGUCAGGUCACACAUAAAGCGGACAUGUUCGCGCUGGGUGUGCUGCUGUGGGAGAUGCUGGCCUGCGAGAGGCCCUGGCCUGGAAUGAGCCCGCUGGAAAUCGGCCUGACGGUAGCGUUCAACGGUAUGCGCCUUUCCCUGGAUGAACUCCUGGCCUCCGAGCGCUGCCCAUCCAAGCUGGGUCGUCUGCUGCUAGCCUGCUGGGAGACGGAUCCUGACCGACGGCCAGCGGCUGCAGAGGCAAUCAAGGAGCUGGCGUUGAUCCUGCAGCAACCGCAGGAGCAGCAGCUGCAGCCACCAUCCCUGGUCAACCCGCCUGCCCUGCAGCAAGGUCAGCAGCUCCGAUGCGAACAGCAGCUGGCGCGCGGACCGCAGCAGUCCAAUGUCCGGGCACAGCUCACGGAUACCAUCGAGGUGGACCUUUGGGGUGAUUCCUCAUCUUCCAAUUCAGUCCCACAAACAGGAGGAGCGGCUCGAGGAGCAGCAGCAACAGUGGCCUAG